AUGAGCCAUUUAGAGCAGUAACAGAUUGUUGAAAAUGAUACUUGUGCUCACAAAGACGUAAAGCUCAGUGAAUAUGUGUCCAGUUAAACAAAUCAGACACAGAAAGUUUGAAAAUGGAUUUACCUUGGGAUUUUUAAACUGCUGAUUGACCUUAAAACAUGGGAUGUGUUGUAAAAUUAAAAACGUGUUAUAAAAUCAGUGGAUAUUAAUGGAAUGAAAUAACAAUAAUGCAAAAUAUGACAUUUAAAAUAUGGUUUAAAAAAUAUUCAUAGUAUUUAGUUCAUGUUCAAUACUGAGCAAGUAAUCCAGCUUAUGAAAUUCUUUUACUUCCAUUUUGCAAGCCAUAUUUAACUAUGAAUAAAUAAUCUUAAUAUGAAUACAUAAAAUACCUACUUUAAUCAGAGCCAAAGCAUAUUUUCCACAGAUUUGGCCACAUUGUUUCUAAAUAAUAUUAUGCCAAUACUUUUUAUUGAUGAGGGCCUUUGCAUUCCUGUACCCUUCUUUUUUUUUAAAUACGUAACUGAAAUCUGUUUCUGUCAGACUGGAAACAAAAUAUAAGAGUGGAUGUAUUGGUCUCUUCCAGAUGGUUUUCGGAAUAUGCUAGUCACCUGAGUUAUCCAAAAACAUUUUCAGCUUACCAUUCCUGGUUUAAAAAUAAAUAUCUUUCACAUAGCGAAAAAUAAACAUUUGUAGAAUUCACUUAUUUUAGGCUAUUUUUGAUAAGUACAAACCUUAUUCGGCAUCAAAUAAACUCUUAGUUGUUAUAAAAUAAAUUGUUAUAUAGUUCUCAAUCCCCAAUUUAUUUAAUUAUGCACCUGAAUAUCAGUGUUGACAUUUGUGUAACUAUCUAAUUUUCAACCGCUAAUAUUCAUGAAUUGAUGUGCUUUUACGUAAAACCAUUAUCAUGUGGAGAGUGUGUCCAUGGUAAGAUCUGCUUAUUUAUUUGAUUCUAAGUUAGUUUUUCUUUACAAUUUUAGUACAUUAUCUUAGCUUUAUGGGAGUAAUAAGCAAACUCAAUAAAUGAACAAACGAGUUGUUUUCUUUUCACUAUAGAUGUCACGAGAAAAAGUUAAAAGCAAUGAACAUGGUGAAGAACAAAAGUAUCAAUAUGCAGUUUUUGCACAAAUGGAAAGUCUAAGUGACAAACUCAAACUGCUAAAUUAUGAGAAAAAAUUUUGCAAGCGAAGACAUCAGAAACCUAUCACAAGACACUAUUUUGCAAUUCCAACUAAUCCUGGUGAACAAUUUCAUUGUUUUACUGCCUUAGCUGCGUGGCUGAUUUCACAAGCAAACUGUAAAAUUGACCAACCACAGGAAUACGAUGAUCCAAAUGCAACAAUAUCAACCAUUUUAGAUGCUGUCAGAACUCUAGGAUAUACUGUAGAGUUCCCGCCCUUAAAACUGAAAAGUGGAUGUGGUGAAUAUUGCAUUAAUGUUCUUAAUAUGUUGGCUGACGCAAGCCUUCAGGUUCAAAACAUUAAACUCUUACCACCUGAAUAUCCAGAAGAUGAAAUAGAAGAGCCUGGUGUUCAAGACGGUGAAUCAUCGCAAACUGAUGAAGAAAUAGAAGAGUGGGGCGGAUCUUCAAUCGGUAGUCGAUUUAAAUAUAGUCUGUCAGACUACGAUAGGCUAGGGAAUGCUGAUGAACAAAGUGAUGAUGACGAUGAUGAAGAGGUGAUAGACUUAAAAGGACUUAAUCUAAAACCUACUCAAAGUCAUAAAACACAUUUGACUGAAAAACAGACAGAACUUAAAUCCACAGGCAAAGUAGAUGAGAAAAAAUCGAGUAAUCGUGCAGUCUUAAAGUGCUCUACAGACCCAGCAGACUGGAAACUUGAAGUCGAACGAGUAUUACCACAACUACGUGUCAAUGUUCGCAGUGAUGUCAAAGACUGGAGAACUCAUUUGGAUCAAAUGAAGCAGCUGACAAUGGAAAUCGAAACUACGUUCCAGGAUGCUAAAUCCCAAUUAAUCAGUUUACACAAUGAACUGAAUUCAGAUGUCGAUAAAAUAAAUAACCGAGAGAAGUAUAUGAAUAAUCAAGUGGAACCUCUGUUGGAGCAAUAUAGAGUUGUACAGGAUAGCUUAAGUGACAUAAAUGCCAAGUAUCGAGAAGCAAGUGGCGGAAUCACUACUCGAAGUCGUACUUUAGCUGAAAUCAGUGAAGAACUGGAACGUGUCAAAACAGAGAUGGACGAGAAAGGUUUGAGUAUGACAGACAGUUCUUCUGUAGUGCGUAUUAGACAAGCUAUCCAGCGUCUUAAGUCAGAGAUUACUACGAUGGACAUCAGAAUUGGUGUUUUGGAGCACAUCCUACUCAGAACACAUUUACGAGUUCGGGAAGAUAGUCAGAAACCAUUUACUAAGAUGAUAGAAUCGUCGAAUGGAAAUGGGGCAUUUGUUUUUUGAUUAAAUGUUAUCUGUGGAAUUAUUUGUUUUUACGUAUUUCUGAAAUCUGUUAAAUAACUUUGCCUUUUUUGUAUCUUUCCCUUACCUAAGAUAAAAAUGUAAUAUACAAUACUUUAUAUACGACUGUAACAUUAUCUUCAGUAACACUUCAUAUAUAUCAAGCAGAUUUGAAGGAUAAUGCAUAAAAUAUAAUGGGUUAGCAGACGAAAUUUGAUAUGCCCGCACAAAUGUGACAUAUUCGAACUAGGCGAACAUGAAGACAGUUGUCUAGUAUUCGAUUUCACGUUACCUUUUGUCAGUUAAACACUAACGCAUCUUGCAAACAACUUGGUAUUGUAACGGAGAUUACUAAACUUGAACAUAACACAACUACGACAUAAAACUAAUAGUUUCUUUAGUGCAAAAUUAGCGCCAUUCAUUGGGAGUUAGAUAGGAAACCGUGAAGUUGCAUUGCAAACAUCAAUUUUGCAAAACAUUAUUCAUCAUCGUCUCUAAUAUUCACUCCCUCCACUUUUAACUGCUUUAGUGUUUCUAAAGAGUGUGUACAUUAAGUGAAUCAGCUUGUUGAUGCUACGGAAACUAUUGUGAAUCCCAAAGUGAGAACGAUUGUUCCGGGACGAGUUUUUCUGGUGAGGGCAUUUUCAAUAUCUUUAGAACUGCAGUACAGCUUGCAAACAGUUGAGUGCCUCAGAUGUGUAGAGUACCUUUGAAUGUUAUUAAGCACUGCCGAUGAAAAUAUUUUGUGGACUGUCAAACUAUCGAAACUUCUCCCAGAACAAGCAUCACCACUCAUAUACUCGCUUCAAUUCUCCCCUCUUAUUUGAUGUAGACGGACGAUUGCACUGAAAUUUCAUCAGAUCAUCUCUAUGGCGUGAUUUUUGCAGCACUGACAGGUUCACCACAUAUGUUCAAGAAUUCAUAUAUAUAUAUGUAUAUAUAUAUAUAGAGAGAG